AUGGUCCAAGGUCAAAGGCAAGGAUUUGAUGAGGAGGCAAAAGUUGAUGUACUUAUUAAUGAGAGUACAAAGCAGUGGGAUAGAGAGAAGAUUUUAAAUAUGCUAGGUCUGGUAAAUGCUGCAGUCAUUCAGAGAAUCCAAGUGAGCUCAAUAGGGGCAGAGGACAAACUGAUGUGGUUAGGCACUAAGGAUGGGGGAUUUACAGUGAAAAGUGCAUAUCACAUUCAGAAGGAUCUAUCAGCAGUUCAUAGGGGUCAACCCUCACAUGGUGCUCUAAACUUUAAAAACUGGACAUGUUUUUGGAAAUUUAAAAUUCCCAAUGCAACCAAGGCUUUUGUGUGGAGAGCUUGUCUAGAGUCCUUGCCUACCAAGCUGAAUCUUUUCAAGAAGAAAAUUGUGGAUUCUCCUCUAUGUCCAAUAUGUUGCAGAUCAGAAGAGACAGUAGCUCAUAUCUUAUGGAAUUGUUCCUCAGCUAUGGAUGUGUGGAGUAAUGGGCCCAUGAUCUUUCAAAAAAGCUCUAGAAGAAACAAGCAUGUGUUUGAGGGUUCUUUCAUGCCCCCAAAGUUACUAGCUCAGAAUGCUGCACAACAACUUGCAGAUUUUAAGGCUGCUCAGUUGGCUCCUACUUCAGCUACCCGAAUGCAUGCCAAUCAUGCUGCAACAUGGACUCCUCCUCCUAAGGGAGUUAACUGGAAUGCAGCCUUGAGAGAGGCUCAUGACAAGGUGGGACUUGGACUGGUAGCUUGCGAUCAUGCAGGUAAUAUUGUAGCUUCUAAAUUGGUGGCUAAGAAUGGCUAUGUAAUUCCCUUAUUGGCUGAGGCAUUGGGAGCCUUCCAAGCUGCUGUUUUUGCUUCUGAGUUGAAUUUGUCCUCAGUAAUUCUAGAGGAUGACUCUCUUCAAGUGGUACAAGGCCUUAAUUUCCACAAAGAACGCUUGGAUAGUGUGGGAAUGGUUCUAUUAGAUACUUGA